UUUGAAUAUACUAUCAGACGCUUGUAUGACCUUGACUGUUUUGACAUAUCUCUUUACCUUCAGUAGUUGUUGGAUAUCUGUGGUUAGGGGAGAAAAACCAGGAGAUUCAGAUAAGAUCUUAUAUUUGCCAGGAGUAUGGCCCCCACCGAACUUCACACAAUAUUCAGGAUACCUUAAUGGCGUUAGUGACAAAAUCCAAAUUCAUUAUUGGCUUGUUGAAGCUGAGACAAAACCAGAGUCUGCACCUCUGAUAUUAUGGUUGAACGGUGGCCCCGGGUGCUCAUCAUUAGAAGGCCUACUUUCUGAAAACGGUCCAUACAUGAGUUGACGCGGAAUACAUUUGACCAAAACCGUGUUGUAUGUCUAAUGACCACAUAAGGCCUAAGCAGAGUUCACAUGAUGUAUUGGCUAUGCGUUCAGCUAACCUGGAAAAUGGCCGGCCAACUCUUGUUUAGAUUUCUCAACCCAGCUACUCUAAUUAUUACUCCUCAUUAUUGGUGGGCAGUUUUUAACUUCAGACUGGCAACACUUGUAAAGGGACCUAGUCUUGUAAAUAAUCCAUACUCUUGGAAUAAGCUCGGAAAUGUGCUUUACUUGGAGUCUCCAGCCGGUGUAGGAUUCUCCUAUUCUCUUGAUGGUAAUGUUACCACUGAUGAUGAUGAGACGGCAUUAAAUAAUCAUCAUGCCCUACUUCAUUUCUUAGACAAGUUUCCAGAAUAUGAAGGUCGUAAACUGUAUGUCACUGGUGAGAGUUAUGGUGGUGUUUAUGUGCCUACACUGGCAUUACUGCUUAAAGAUUCACCGAGAUUUAAACUUAUGGGUAUUGCGGUUGGUAAUGGAUUGACGAGCCAUAAAUUGAAUGAUAACUCCCUUUUAUACUUUAUCAGGUAUCAUGGUCUUGUCGAUGAAAGUUCAUGGAAUGAUCUAGUCGCUAAAUGUUGUGCUGAUCCAUGCUCAACAUGGUGUGCAUUCACUGAUAACAAAACUGGUGAAUGUCAACGUAUUAUCAGCCAAUUAAUGGAACUGGCUCUAAAAGGUAUAAACAGAUACAAUUUAUAUUCUGAAUGUGCUAGUGGUGUAAAUACAUUAUUUCAACAAAGUAUGUCAAUGUCGAUUGCUGAAAUAUCCUCCAGUCUACAAUCUUCAAAAACGUAUCUCUGUCAUAAUUUCGGUAGUAUGUUUCGUGAUAAUAUUUAUACGAGAUAUCAUCGUUAUGCAGAUUCUACAAUGCCAUGCAUAGACGAUACACUGAUACGUAGUUAUUUAAAUUCACCUGCUAUCUGUCGACUUAUCAAUGUAAAACCAGAUGUGCCAAAGGAAUGGGAUAUAUGCAAUGAUGAAGUCAAUGUUAAGUACAUUCGUACUUAUGAAGAUUUAUCUAAACAGUAUAUGAAACUACUUCAAUCCAAUAUCUCCACACUGAUAUACAAUGGGGAUAUUGAUAUGGCUUGUAAUUAUUUCGGGGAUGAAAUGUUUGUAGAUAAUUUGAAAUUAAAGGUGAGGGAAUUAUACUGCUGA